AAGAAAAUAACCUUUGUAGAGUGAAUAAAAGAGGAAAAAUAAAGUCGUCCCUUCACCUGUAAGUCACCUCGCCCGCAGCAGCUUCAAGACCAGUCGAUAGGAAGGAGGUCCCGUAGCCGUCCGGGUCCCACAAAUCUGCGAAAAAUCUUCUCUUGGAAGUAAUUUGCUUGACGUCAGGUUCUUAACUGUGUACCAAAGCCGUCAGGUGCAUAGUUAGUCCCCGAAAGAAAGUAACUUCUGAGAAGCAAGAUUAAAAGUUGUAAAGAUUGAGGCGUCAGUAGAAACCCCAGCCGCCAAGAUGGAGGGUAACAUUGUGGUGAAGGAGGUGUCGAUCCUGGAGACUGCCGAGGACAUCCAGGACCGGAGAGACCAGGUCCUCUCGCGGUAUUCCCAGUUCCGCUCUGAGGCUCGCAGGAAGAGAGAUAAGCUUGAGGAUUCACGCCGAUUCCAGUAUUUCAAGCGUGAUGCUGAUGAGCUGGAGUCCUGGAUUCAUGAGAAGCUUCAGGCAGCUUCUGAUGAAAGCUACAAAGAUCCCACCAACCUGCAAGCCAAGAUCCAGAAGCACCAGGCCUUUGAGGCCGAGGUGGCUGCCCACUCCAAUGCCAUUGUGGUGCUGGACAAUACUGGCUCUGAGAUGAUCAGCGAGCAGCACUUUGCUGCUGAUGUCAUCCGGCAGAAGCUUGAUGAGCUGCAUCGGCUGUGGGAGCUGUUGCUGAGCCGCUUGGCAGACAAGGGGAUGCGCCUGCAGCAGGCUCUGGUCCUGGUGCAGUUCCAGCGCCAGUGUGAUGAAGUCAUGUACUGGAUCAAUGACAAGGAGGCAUAUGUGACCUCAGAAGAGUUUGGUGUUGACCUGGAGCAUGUGGAGGUGCUGCAGAGAAAGUUUGAUGAGUUCCAGAAGGACAUGGCUGCCCAGGAAUACCGUGUCACUGAGGUUAAUGCUCUGGCAGAGAAGCUGGUGAGUGAGGGACACCCAGAGGUGGAGGUCAUCACCAAGAGGAAGAACGAACUGAACGAAGCAUGGCAGCGUUUGCGCCAGCUGGCUCUCAACCGUCAGGAGAAGCUGUUUGGCGCUCACGAGAUUCAGCGUUUCAACAGGGAUGCUGAUGAAACCAUUGCCUGGAUUGCAGAGAAAGAUGUUGUCCUCUCUUCAGAUGACUAUGGCCGUGACCUUGCAUCAGUCCAGACUCUGCAGCGAAAGCAUGAAGGUCUGGAACGUGACCUUGCCGCCUUGGAGGACAAAGUUUCUACCCUUGGGGAAGAAGCAACUCGUCUGUGUGGAAUCCAUUCUGACCAUGCUGAGCAGACAAAGGCAAAGUUGGCAGAGAUUGAGCAUUCUUGGUCCACCCUGACUUCCAAGGCUCAGGAGAGGCGCCGUCGUCUUGAUGACUCCUACUACUUGCACCGCUUCCUCUCUGACUUCAGAGACCUCAUCUCUUGGAUCAAUGACAUGCGUGCUAUUAUUUCUGCUGAUGAGUUAGCCAAGGAUGUAGCAGGGGCUGAAGCUCUCCUGGAGCGCCACCAGGAGCACAAGGGAGAAAUUGAUGCCCGUGAAGACAGCUUCAAAACAAGCCGUGAGGCUGGUGAAAAACUUGUGGAAAAGAAUCAUCAUGCAUCUGAGGAAGUCAAGGAAAAGCUUGUGACCCUCAAACAGGAGAAGGCUGCCCUGCUGGCCCUGUGGGAGGAGCGACGCAUCCUGUAUGAGCAGUGCAUGGAUCUGCAGCUGUUCUACCGUGACACAGAGCAGGCUGACACUUGGAUGGCCAAGCAAGAAGCUUUCCUGGAAAAUGAAGAUCUUGGAGAUUCCAUUGAUUCUGUUGAAGCUCUGAUUAAGAAACAUGAAGACUUUGAAAAAUCUCUUGCUGCUCAGGAAGAAAAGAUCAAGGCUUUGGAUGAAUUUGCCACCAAACUGAUGGAAGGGCAGCAUUAUGCUGCAGAUGAUGUGUCUCAGAGGCGAGAACUUCUCCUGGAGCGUCGCUCAGAUCUGCUGGAAAUGUCUGCUCGUCGUAGAACCAUGCUUGAAGACUCCUACCGUCUCCAGCAAUUUGAACGUGACUGUGAUGAAACAAAGGGAUGGAUUAACGAGAAGCUGAAGUUUGCCACUGAUGAUAGCUACCUUGACCCAACAAACCUUAAUGGUAAGGUUCAAAAGCACCAAAACUUUGACCAGGAACUGAGUGCCAACAAGUCACGCAUUGAAGAAAUCACUUCAACAGGAAAGGAGCUGCUCGAUGCUGAACAUUAUGCCAGUGAUAAGAUCAGUAGCCGCAUGGAGGAGAUUGUCCAGCUGUGGACCUCUCUGGAGGAUGCAACUCGCAGGAAGGGGUCAAAGCUUGAGGAAGCUUCACAGCAACAGCAGUUUAACCGAGGAGUAGAGGACAUUGAGUUGUGGCUGUCUGAAAUUGAGGGGCAGCUCAUGAGUGAAGACUUUGGCAAGGAUCUCACAGCUGUAAAGAACCUCUUGAAGAAGCAGGCCUUGCUUGAGGCCGAUGUUGCUGCCCACCAGGAUAGGAUUGAUGGAGUGAGAAUUGCUGCUGACCAAUUUGUUGAUCGUGGGCACUUUGAUGCCGACAACAUUAAGGCCAAGCAAAUGACCCUCCAGGAACGUUACAACGCUCUGCAGAAGCCAAUGACCUUGCGCAAGGACCGCCUCAAAGACUCCCUGCUGGUACAGCAGUUGUUCCGAGACAUUGACGACGAAGAGGCCUGGAUCCGGGAGAAGGAGCCCAUUGCUGGCUCCACCAACCGUGGCCGAGAUCUCAUUGGUGUUCAGAACCUGAUCAAGAAGCACCAGGCAGUUCUUGCUGAAGUGAACAAUCAUGAACACAGGAUUGUUGCUGUUACAUCGUCUGGGGAGGACAUGAUCAGUGACGGGCACUUUGCUGGGGAAGAGAUCAAGCAGCGGGUCAACACCCUCAACCAGCACUGGGCGCAGCUGAAGGACCGAGCCAACCAGCGCCGCCAAGACCUGGACGACUCCCUGCAAGCCCACCAGUACUUUGCUGAUGCUAACGAGGCAGAGUCAUGGAUGAAGGAAAAGGAGCCCAUUGCUUCUGGAGGAGAUUUUGGCAAGGACGAAGACUCUGCUGAGGCUCUACUGAAAAAGCACGAGGCUCUGAUGAGUGACUUGGAGGCCUUCAGCUCCACCAUCGCUGCCCUGGACGAGCAGGCUGCAGCAUGCCGUCAACAGGAGGUGCCAGUCACUGACAUCACAGGGAAGGAAUGUGUUGUCGCACUCUACGAUUACACGGAGAAGUCACCACGUGAAGUCUCCAUGAAGAAGAACGAUGUGCUGACCCUCCUCAAUGCCACCAACAAGGACUGGUGGAAGGUGGAGGUGAACGACCGCCAAGGCUUUGUGCCGGCAGCCUAUGUGAAGAAGAUUGACUCUGGGCUGACAGCAUCCCAGCAGAACCUGGCUGACGGGAAUUCCAUUGCUGCUCGUCAGAACCAGAUCAGGGGCCAGUAUAAGAAUUUGAUGGAACUGGCUCGGGACCGCCAAAAGAAGCUGAGUGUGACCGUGCAGGCCUGCGUGCUGGUGAGGGAGGCAGCUGAGCUCUCCCAGUGGAUCAAGGACAAGGAGCAGCAUGCACAGAUUGAGGAUGUUGGAGAGGAUCUGGAGCAGGUGGAAGUACUUCAGAAGAAGUUUGAUGACUUCAAGACAGACCUUCAGGCCAAUGAAGUGCGUCUAGCUGAGAUGAACGAGAUCGCCCUACAACUGAUGAGUAUUGGCCAGACCGAGGCAGCUCUCAAGAUCCAGACACAGAUUGAAGAACUCAACACCAAGUGGAACUCUCUCCACCAGAUGGCUCAGGAGCGUCAGUUCCAGCUGGGCUCAGCUCAUGAAGUUCAGCGUUUCCAUCGUGACGUUGAUGAGACGAAGGACUGGAUCCAAGAGAAGGAUGAAGCCCUUAACAAUGACGACUGUGGCCGGGACUUGCGCAGUGUGCAGGCCCUGCAGCGUAAACAUGAAGGGCUGGAGCGUGAUUUGGCCGCCUUGGGAGACAAGAUCCGUCAGCUGGAUGAGACAGCCAACAGGCUGAUGCAGACCCACCCAGAGGCAGCAGACACCAUCUAUGGCAAGCAGAGGGAAAUCAAUGAACUCUGGACUCAGCUGACUGCCAAGGCCAAUGCAAGAAAGGAAAAGCUGCUGGACUCGUACGAUCUCCAACGUUUCCUUAGCGACUACCGUGACCUCAGCUCCUGGAUUGCCUCCAUGAUGGGGCUCGUGAGCUCUGAUGAGUUGGCCACUGAUGUCACAGGGGCUGAGGCUUUGCUGGAGAGGCACCAGAGCUUCAGGUCCGAGUUUGACUCACGCUAUGGUAUCCCCCAGGAACACCGGACAGAAAUUGAUGCUCGGGCUGGCACCUUCCAAGCCUUUGAGCUCUUUGGACAUCAGUUGCUGCAGUCAGGUCACUUUGCUUCUGCUGAGGUCCAGGAGAAGUUGGAGGCCAUGAAUAGGGCUCGAGAGGAGCUUGAGAGGGCAUGGAUUGCACGUCGCAUGAAGUUGGACCAGUGCCUAGAACUCCAGCUGUUCUACCGAGACUGUGAGCAAGCCGAAAACUGGAUGUCAUCUCGAGAGGCUUUCCUGUCGUCUGAUGAAGCUGAUGCCAAGGCUGAUAAUGUGGAGGCACUCAUUAAGAAACACGAGGACUUCGAUAAGGCCAUCAAUGCCCAAGAGGAGAAAAUAGCUGCUCUGAACUUGUUUGCUGAUCAGCUUGUUGCUGCUGAACACUAUGCCAUGAAAGAUAUUGGGGACAAGAGAGGACAAGUGCUGGAUCGCUGGCAGCACCUGAAGGAGGCUCUCAUUGAGAAGCGCUCCAAGCUUGGGGAGUCUCAGACAUUGCAACAGUUCUCUCGUGAUGCUGAUGAGAUUGAGAACUGGAUCGCUGAAAAGCUGCAAGUUGCCACCGAGGAAAGCUUCAAGGAUCCAGCUAAUAUUCAGUCCAAGCACCAGAAGCACCAAGCAUUUGAGGCUGAAUUAGCUGCAAAUGCUGAUCGAAUCCAGAGUGUUCUGUCAAUGGGACAGAACCUGAUUGAUAAGCACCAGUGUGCUGGCUCGGAGGAGGCCGUGCAGCAGAGGCUGGAAUCCAUCUCAGAGCAGUGGGACUUCCUGACUCAAAAAUCAGCUGAAAAAUCUCUGAAGCUGAAAGAGGCAAACAAGCAAAGGACAUUUAUUGCAGCUGUAAAGGAUUUGGACUUCUGGCUUGGUGAGGUAGAGUCUCUGCUCACCAAUGAAGAUGUGGGCAAAGACCUUGCCAGUGUUCAGAACUUGAUGAAGAAGCACCAGCUUGUCGAAGCAGACAUCCAAGCCCACGAUGACCGCAUCAGUGACAUGAACGGGCAAGCUGAUUCCCUUGUAGAAAGUGGUCAGUUUGACACUGCAAAUAUUCAGGAGAAGCGUCAGAGCAUCAAUGAGAGAUAUGAGCGCAUCAAGAACUUGGCCGCCCACCGCCAGUCUAGGCUGAAUGAAGCUCUCACCCUUCAUCAGUUCUUCAGAGACAUUGCAGAUGAGGAAUCAUGGAUCAAGGAAAAGAAACUUCUUGUUGCCUCUGAAGACUUUGGACGAGACCUGACUGGUGUGCAGAACCUCAGGAAGAAGCACAAGCGUCUGGAAGCAGAGUUGGCUUCCCAUGAGCCAGCCAUCCAAGCUGUGCAAGAAGCUGGAGAGAAGCUGAUGGGCGUGUCUAAUGUGGGUGUGUCGGAGAUAGAGAGUCGUCUCCAGCAGCUGUCUGAAACCUGGUCCCAACUGAAGACCAUGGCUGAGCAGCGUGGGCAGAAAUUGGAGCAGUCUCUUACUUACCAGCAGUUCCUUGCUAAGGUGGAGGAGGAGGAGGCCUGGAUCAGUGAGAAGACUCAGCUUCUCUCUGUCCCAGACUAUGGAGACAACAUGGCUGCUGCCCAAGGUCUCCUGAAGAAGCAUGAUGCCUUUGAGACUGACUUUGCUGUUCACCGUGACCGCUGCAAUGACGUGUGUGUGGCCGGAGCCAAGCUGGUGGCAGAUGGCAAUCACCACGGAGACUCCAUCAAGCAGCGGUGCCAGCAGCUGAAGGACAAGUUGGAUGCUCUGAACGAAAUUGCUACCCGCAGGAAGAGGAAGCUUGCAGACAACCUGGCUUACCUCCAGUUCAUCUGGAAGGCUGAUGUGGUGGAGUCGUGGAUUGCUGAUAAGGAGUCGCAUGUCAAGUCUGAGGAGUUUGGACGUGACCUAAGUUCUGUCCAGACACUCCUCACUAAGCAAGAAACCUUUGAUGCUGGCCUUGCUGCUUUUGAGCAUGAGGGUAUCCAGAACAUCACUACCCUCAAGGACCAGUUGGUGUCUGGUAACCAUGAGCAGAGUGAAUCUAUCAUCAAGCGUCACGCUGAUGUUGUGGCUCGCUGGAACAAACUCCUCAGCGAUUCCCUUGAGCGCAAGAACAAGCUGUUAGUGAUGCAGGAACAGUUCCGUGAAAUUGAGGAGCUCUACCUCUCCUUUGCCAAGAAGGCCUCUGCCUUCAACUCAUGGUUUGAAAAUGCUGAGGAGGAUCUGACUGACCCAGUGCGUUGCAACAGCAUUGAAGAAAUCAAGGCUCUGCGAGAGGCUCAUGCCCAGUUCCAGGCCUCCCUCUCCUCAGCCCAAGCAGACUUUGAGGCUCUGGCUGCCCUUGACCAGCAGAUCAAGAGUUACAAUGUUGGCCCAAACCCCUACACCUGGUUUACCAUGGAGGCUCUGGAAGACACGUGGCAGAACCUUCAGAAAAUCAUUAAGGAACGAGACAUGGAGCUGUCCAAGGAGGCGCAGCGGCAGGAAGAGAAUGAUAAACUGAGGAAAGAGUUUGCCAAGCACGCAAAUGCCUUCCACCAGUUGUUGACAGAUACAAGGUUCCACCUCCUGGGUUUCUCCCUUAUCGGCUAUGAUGAGAGAUCCUCCAUGAUGGAGGGCUCAGGUACCCUGGAGCAACAGCUUGAGGCCACACGGCAGAAGGCUGCUGAAGUGCGAGCACGCCGGUCAGACCUCAAAAAAAUUGAGGACCUGGGGCAGAUCUUGGAGGAGCACCUCAUCCUGGACAACAGAUACACAGAGCACAGCACGGUAGGGUUGGCACAGCAGUGGGAUCAGUUAGAUCAGUUGGGGAUGCGCAUGCAGCACAACUUGGAGCAGCAGAUUCAGGCCCGCAACCAGUCUGGAGUGUCAGAAGAUGCCCUCAAAGAGUUCAGCAUGAUGUUCAAACACUUCGACAAAGAGAAGUGUGGUCGUCUGAACCAUGCAGAGUUUAAGUCCUGCCUGCGAGCGCUGGGCUAUGACCUACCCAUGAUUGAGGAGGGACAAAACGACCCAGAAUUUGAGGCAAUCUUAGAUGUGGUUGAUCCAAACCGUGAUGGUGCAGUCUCCCUCCAGGAAUACAUGGCCUUCAUGAUUUCCAAGGAGACGGAGAAUGUUCACAGCUCAGAGGAGAUCCAAAAUGCCUUCCGCGCAAUUGCUGCUGGGGAGCGUCCUUAUGUCUUACGAGAAGAGCUUUACCAGAACCUCACCAAGGAGAUGGCGGACUACUGUGUGGGGCGGAUGAAGCCCUACACGGACCCCAAGACGGGCAGUGCUGUUCCUGGGGCACUAGAUUACAUGGAGUUCACACACACGCUGUUCUCCCAGUAGCUGGCAGCUUUGCAGCAACCACCAUUUGCUUUAACCUAGCUUUUAUUAUAUCCAUAAAGUGCUAUUGUCAUAGAGUAGAGUAAAAGUUUAUUAUAUAGUCAGUUACCAAUACAUCAAAUGUAGAGAAACUAUGUGAGAGAAAUAAAUUUAUCUUCUUGGGCAGCUUUCCAAUUAGGUUGUUGGUCUAGGUAAUGGGACCACUAUCUGGUCUUUCAGACUCAGCUUUGCAUUUGUUCUGAUCUUAAUUUAAAUUAUUUUCAAUUGAUGAACUGAUUGCUAUCUGGAAGGCUUGCAGUGGUUAUGAUGAAGAAUGCAUAACAGCUUUGUAAAGUCAUUGUUCUUGAGACUACUAUCCUGGUCCUGCUCAUAUUUAAGAAAAUCAAUUUUUAGCUAACAACUUCUUUUACAUCUAUUUUUCCAUGGCAGAAUAUAUGUUCUGUUUUGUCUAACAGGGUUGAAGGAGUGAGGGGUGUUCCAUCUGGGUCUGAAAAUCUGACGGCUAAUAAUAUUUUCAAGACCUUCUCUUCACUCCUUUGCCAGGUUAUGGAGUACAGACAAAAGCAGUAUCUGAGGAAGGAGAGACUGACCUUUGUGGAACAUGACGGCAUUUGCAAUGUCAGAUCUCCAAACCUAAGAUGCUUCUGUUCUGCAUGAUGAUCUUACUGUAUCACCUCUUUCACAUCAUCUGCAUUCACUGUUUACUAUGAAAUUGCAAGUAUCAUAGUGAGUAAGGGUUAAGGUUGGUAGUCAUGGUGAAGGGAGCUUUCUCCACAUGUUUUCCUCGGUAAAUUGUCUAUUUGGUCUACAACUCUUGAAGAUCACAACUGUUAUUCAUGAUUCCAGUAUUAAAGCAUAUGAAGUUUAA